AAAAAAUGUUGCUUUUUUACUCUUAUCAAACAAAUGACUUUGCAACAUGAUUUAAAAUAUGGUGUAUAUCCUCCUUGGUGUCUUAUUGAAAGCAAACCAGAAACUUUUUCUACAAUGGCUCACAUGUAUGGUGUUCAGGACGUGAUUGUUGAAGAAAUAUACGAUAUUGAUAAUUUACUAGUGAAUGCAAGGUCAGUAUAUGGACUUAUCUUGGCGUCUCCUCUUGAUUCAAAGGCACCCUUCAAUACAAUAUGUGAUAAAGAAGAUGCUGACGGAAAAUCCCUUUUCUUCUCUUGUCAAAUUGUUACAAACGUAUGUGCGACGUCUGCUCUUCUUGGCAUUCUCUUAAAUAAUGAAGACAACGACUUGAAUAUUGGUCCUCACUUACGAGAAUUCAAGGAAUUUACUAAAGACUUUUCACCUAUCGACAAGGGAUUAGCUAUUGCUGGACACAACUUACUUCGAACAACACAUAAUACUUUUGGAAAUUAUGAAUCUCGAUUGGAUGCUCUACAAUACCCAAGGUAUGACGAUAUCAAACCUACAAAGAAAGGAAAACGAUCAGAAAUGGAAGAUGAACGUUAUCACUAUAUUGCCUUUGUUCCUGCGAAUGGUUUUAUUUGGGAACUGGAUGGUUACAAUAAAACACCUGUCAAAAUAUGUCCUAUUUCUGAAAAUUGGUUAAAACUCUUACAACCAGAACUCAAAAAAAGAAUGCAUAGAUCGGACGCAUUACAAUUUAGUUUGUUGUCUGUGACCAAAGCCAACACUCCAACAACUGAAAAAUCAUCAAUACCUCCACCUUUAUUAUCGACGAUAUCGGCAUCACCAUCAACAUCAUCAUCAUCACACUCUCAAUCCCUCAGAAAACGACCGAAAUUGAUGGAGCAAAGUCAACAAGAUGAUCAAAAUGUAGAACAACAGCGAAUGCAGCUUAAUGAUGAAUUACGAAAAGCAUCUAAUGCGCGCUCUUGUUAUAUCGAUUAUGUUGGUAGGAUAGAACGAAACCUUGAUGAUUUUGUAGGCAACACUUGGCGAAUAGACACACUCGAAAAAUUCAAAUCGUCAUCACCUCCUUUGCUUCCUGACCCCAAUGUUAUUGACAGGAUGACAAACCAAGAAGAUGUCACCGAAGAAUUUAAGGAUUUAGUGAAUAAGACAUUGGAACGUACCCGGAUAAAAGCCUUGAUCGAAUUGCGUAGCAAACUCCUUGUUGCAAGUGACCGUUUUGAUCGACAAGUAGCCGACUGCCACCAGAAGUUAGAUUUGCUUACUAAAAAAUUGCCAUCAUCAACAGCAGUAACAACAACAAAAACAACGACAACAUCAACGACAACAUCAACAACAUCAACAACAACAAUAGCAGCGGCAGCAGGAACAACAACGACAAGUAAACCGGCAGUAUUAUAUCCGAACGCUGGAUAUACCAUAGAAGAGAGCAAGCUCAUUUCCCGUCUUCAACAUGAUUACAAUCCUCUUUUGAGAGCUAUUUUUGAAAAACUUCAUGAUAAAGGUUUAAUGAAUGAUUUGUAGAAUAUCUAGUUAGUCUUUAUAUCAGUUUAGUGC